AAAUUUCAAACGUCAUUGUACAUAAUAGUUUUACACUUUUCUUACUCUAGCCCCAAAAAAAAAAAUCCACAAGAAAGAUCGCUAAGAUUUUUUGUCUCAUUUCAAUCGUCUCUCUCACCAACUCUCUCAAUUCAGAAGUCAUGGCAUUACAGCUACUAUCAAUUUUCCUCUUUUCAACUCUAGCCUUAUUUUCUCUCACAGAAUCCAAGCUCAAUGUUGAGUAUUACAACAAAACAUGUCCUCAAUUUGAAACAAUCAUCCAACGAAUUGUCGUUGACAAGCAACUCGCAUCCCCCACCACUGCAGCAGGCGCCCUCCGCCUCUUCUUCCAUGAUUGCAUGGUGGGAGGCUGUGAUGCCUCGUUACUUAUUUCCUCAAAUUCCUUUGCCGCAGCCGAGCGCGAUGAGGAAAUCAACCUCUCCCUCCCGGGGGAUGCCUUUGACGUCAUUUCGCGUGCAAAGACCGCAUUAGAACUCCAAUGCCCUGGCAUUGUUUCUUGCGCGGAUAUUUUAGCUGUCGCAACUCGUGACUUGAUCACUAUAGUUGGAGGUCCGUUUUACAAAGUUCGCCUAGGUCGAAAAGAUAGCUUCGCAUCAUUCACAAAAGAUGUUGAAGGACAUAUAGCUAGGCCUAACAUGACCAUGGACACAAUAAUCAACAUGUUUGCCUUGAAAAAUUUAAAUGUACAUGAGAUGGUGGCUUUAGUGGGGGCGCAUACAAUUGGAUUCUCUCAUUGUUCAGAAUUUAGAAAGAGACUAUUCAAAUUCAGCCAGACCUCAGAAUUUGAUCCUUCUAUGAACCCUACAUAUGCAAAAGCGUUACAAGAACUAUGCUCUAAUAAUACGAAGGAUAUGGCCGCAUUCAAUGACGUGAUGACUCCUGGAAAAUUCGAUAACAUGUACUACAUAAACCUGCAAAAGGGGCUAGGAUUGUUGGCUUCUGAUCAAGCUAUGAUUUCUGACCAAAGGACAAAGCCUAUUGUGGAGCUUUUUGCAAAGGAUCAAGAUGCAUUUUUCAAGGCAUUUUCACAUGCAAUGGAGAAAGUGAGUCUUUAUAAAGUUAAAACUGGGAAAAUGGGAGAGGUGAGACGUAGAUGUGAUGCUGUUAAUCGUUUAGAAGUAAAUCCGAGCAAGAAAAUUGCUAGUUAAUUUAAAUUAUGUAGGUUGAUUAUCACUACUGAGGAGGAAUCUUCUCAGGACACGUUUUAGACUUUUAGUGACAAGGUGCUUUUGGAUUAUAAUGUAUAGUUUCCAUAGAACAUGAUAGGGAAACCUACGGUGAAUAGCCCAACAUUCAGCAAAUCCAGAUACUGUAGCUUAAGUUUAGAAAAUUAUCAUUUUUAGUCAAUGUAUCAACUGUAUCCAAGUGACUGUAUUUGAUAUAAAAUAUAAUAGUAAAAUUCAACUGAUUGUAUUCGAUUAAACUGACUAUAAAAUUUUGCACAUGUAUGAAUUGUAUUCAACUGUAUUUACAUAUGAUACACUUAUAUUUGUAUUGAAAAAAAAUCAAAUGUAUCAUUUGAUGCAAAUAUAUUAUUUAUAUUUGAAUGGUUCAA